AUGUUGGUGGCUACUCUUGGCGUUGUCUUUCCAAAUUUUACACCGCAAACAUUGCCCUUGGCGGCGAAUUGUGGGUGUGACGAUGUUCACCAACAACACGCUUAUUAUUCUUCAAACGGAUUCGCCAACGUGUCACUUCCUAUUUGUACACUCAUAUCUCCAUAUGUGGCUGUCACUUCACUCGUCCAUCGCGUUCUUUUCACUGGCCAACUUCGAUUUCUGAAAUCCUUCCGCAAGUUCCAAUACUGGUAUGCGUCACGGGUCUUCGGUUCCGCUACGAUCACUACCCACAAUAUUAUUCUCCCCUUGCUCUUUUGGUUUUGCAGUGACGAGUUGUGGAAACUCGGCCUCGUGGCCUUGCAUAUCUUAAGCUUGGGGCUUGAUAGGUUGCCACUUGCAAGAAAAGUUUGGUUUCAGUUUGGAGUGUGUUAUUAUCUUGCUGUGAGGAUGCGGAGACUUGAUGUAUAUGGCUCCCUUCACUCGUCCUUCACGUCCUCUUCGCUACAAUCGCCUUCAGUCGCACGAUAUGCGGCAGGGAGGAGUUCUGGAUGGCGCUAUAUCGUUGCAUGUACUGAUUUUCGUCCCAAAAUGAUUUCCCACUAUAUAAGCCUUCCCGACUAUUUUACAGUACCCUCCGGUUCAGUCUUCCGCAGCAUGAAAGAGCCCGAAGAUAAUAGAUGCCUCCCUGUUAAUAUCUCGCGUUUGGCCCCUGAAUAG